AUUGAUUCUAUCUUCGAAACGUUUCAAAAAGGAGGAAUCAGGGAUAAGCGAGGAUUUCCGAAGAACGCCAUGCCCACCACCACAAUCAACCCCACUUUGGUUCCUUCUCCAAACGCCAACACUCUUCUUCUAUCUUCGAGAAAGGUUUCCAUCGCUGCGCUAAUCUCCCGCAGAGCUGCUUCUUCGAGGCCUCGGUUCCUAACCGUAAAAUGCGGCAACAGCUCGGACCAGAGUGGCAAUCUGAAGGAUGCACUUUCGGGUAUGGUGGACAAGCGAGUAGAGGAGCUUCUGAACAGAGAAGAGAACAAGAAUUUGCUUGAUGGGUUGGAGAAGGCGUCGCAGAGGGUAGAGAUGGCCAAGAGAGAGCUUGCAGAGAUUGAAAGACAAGAAAUUAAGGCGAAGCAGAUGAGGAAUUACGUUAACCAGCUUGAGAGCAGAGCUACCGAGAUUGAAGAAUGUCAGAGGGAAAUACUAGAAGCAAGAGAAAUGGUUGAAGAAGCAGAGCGCUCUCUAACGCUAAAUGAUGAGGGGAUUGAAGAUGGAGAUGCUUCUGUGGAGAAAGAACGCGAGGAAAUGGACAGAAAUGAGGAGAGAUUGGAGUCCAUAAAAGCAGCUUUUAUUUCUGCAAUUGUUGGCACCUUCGCAGGGCUGCCCAUAUCCUUCACUCAGGUGACAAGCAGUUCUCAGCUCAUACUUCCUAUAGCAAUCAACUUUGUCAGCUGCGCACUGUUCGGAGUUACAUUUCGAUACACAAUAAGAAGAGACUUGGACAAUGCUCAGCUCAAGACUGGGACGUCUGCAGCUUUUGGCUUGGUUAAAGGCCUUGCUAUGCUGGGAAGCGGACCACCUCUGGAACUCAAUACAGGAAGCUUCUUGUCCCACGCUUCUGAUGGAGCUGUUUAUGUGUCUGAGAAUCUUCUUCUCUUUCUUUUCGCUGGUGUUGGUCUAGACUAUUGUUUUAAGGCGAGGCUACUUAGUCCUUUUCCUAUGAAAAAAUCAGUUUCAAGUACCAAUUCAAGGUAAUAUGUGUAUAUAUGAUAAUGCCAAAUAUAUACCGGAUUCAUGUCUUUGGAAAUGUAAUUUUUCAUACGGAAUUCUCUGCAA